AUUUCAUCCAAACACAGUAGAUAACGAAUUCAACCCCCAUACAUUCGAUCACGCUAUCAACAUGUAGAAUUCCUGCUUUCACUUCAUAUUCCAUGGCCUCUCUCCCUCCCGUUGUCGUCGCCAACACUCUCAAGCUCGACUCCGAAUUCAGGAAACUCCCCGCUCCUCCUCUUCCUCUCGAAAAGCUGCAGAGAAGUUACACCCCCAAAGAGGCAAUCUCGCUGAGUUUGGAUUUGAAAGAAUUAGAAGUUAACAGAAAACUUGAAUCGUCUCAUUACUUUCCGAUUUUGCAAGAAUGUAUGCUGCAGAAUUCAGUUUCAGGAGUUGAAUCGGUUCAUUGCCAAAUCAUCAAAAGCGGAUUUGGUGAGGAGCUCUUCCUUAUGACGUUUCUGGUCAAUGUUUAUGCGAAAUGUUGGGAAAUGGGGAGUGCGCGGAAGGUGUUUGAUAAUUUGCCGAAGAGAAACGCGGUGGCGUGGACUUCGUUGAUGUCCGGUUACAUUUACAAUUCACGGCCUGAAUUAGCUGUUGGUAUUUUCAACGAGAUGUUGGAAGCAGGGGUGUGUCCCACGAAUUACACGCUGGGAGUUGUCUUGAAUGCUUGCACAUCGUUGGGUGAUUUCAGUCUUGCGAAACAGAUUCAUGGUUAUAUUGCGAAGCAUGGUCUUGCGCGUGAUUCGAGCAUUGGGAAUGCGCUGUGUAGCUUGUAUUCGAAAUGUCGUAAUUUGGCUCUGGCGAUCAGGGUGUUUGAGAGCAUUGAGGAGAAGGAUGUGAUAUCAUGGACUGCUGUGGUAUCUGCCUGUGGGGAUAAUGGGAAUUCCGCGAAGGGAUUGGCUAUGUUUGUGAAGAUGCUCGUUGGGGGUGUUGAGCCGAAUGAGAUCACUCUGACUAGUGUACUGAGCUUGUGCUGCACAAUGCAAGCUCUGGAUGCAGGAGCUCAGGUUCACUCGUUUAUUAUAAAACUCGGAUAUGGCUCGGAUCUGCGCUUGACGAAUUCAAUCAUGUAUUUGUAUUUGAAAAGCGGGUGUAUCACUGAGGCGAAGAAGUUGUUUGUUGGCAUGAGUUCUAUCAGCUUAGUUACAUGGAAUGCUAUGAUUGCAGGCUAUGCAGAGAUGAUAAGUCUUGCGGAGGAUGCCCUCUCGGCUUACUUAUGUGGAAUGGAGGCGCUUCAAAUAUUCCAGCAAAUGAACAGAUUGGGGCUGAGACCCGAUUUGUAUACCUUCUCGAGUUUAUUCAGUGUGUGCAGUAGUUUAGUGGCUUUGGAGCAGGGGGAACAAUUUCAUGCACAGACGAUAAAAACUGGGUUUUUGUCUGAUGUGAUUGUGGCGACUGCCCUCGUUAACAUGUACAACAAAUGUGGAAGCAUCAAUCAAGCCAGCAAAGCUUUUCUUGAAAUGUCUACGAGGACCCUAAUUUCGUGGACUUCCAUGAUCACCGCGUUUGCACAGCAUGGGCGCUCAGAGCAGGCUUUGCAGUUGUUCGAGGAUAUGAGACGUGUAGGGGUUAAACCAAACAAGAUAACCUUCGUUGGCGUGCUAUCAGCCUGUAGUCAAGCAGGAAUGGUCGACCAAGCAUUUGCAUACUACGAAAUGAUGAAACAUGAGUACAGAAUCAACCCUGUGAUGGACCACUACGCGUGCUUAAUAGAUAUGUUUGUCAGAUUAGAUAGGAUAGAUGAGGCUUUCGACUUCAUCAAGAAGGAGAAUCUGAUUCCAAACGAAUUCAUAUGGUCGAUUCUGAUUGCUGGCUGUAGAAGUCAAGGGAAACUAGAGCUAGCCUUUCACGCUGCAGAACAACUGCUUGAACUCGAGCCUAAAGACUCUGAGACCUAUAUCUUACUGCUGAAUAUGUAUGUGUCUGCCGGGAGAUGGAAGGAUGUGUCGAGGGUGAGAAAGAUGAUGAGAGAUGCAAAGGUCGAUAAAAUAGUGGACUGGAGUUGGAUUAGCAUCCGAAACAAGGUCUAUUCGUUCAAGUUCAGCAGCAAGAAACACCAUCAAGACGAGGUUACUGAGCUCUUGGAUGUCUUGAUUGAGAGAGCGAAGCCUCUCGGAUAUAAGGCUGAGACGGAAUUGGAGAUAGACGGGGAGGAAAAGGAGGAAGCUGCUACCACCUCAGCUGCUGCUCAUCACAGUGAAAAGAUGGCAGUUGCCUUUGGAUUGCUCAACACAUCAGGUAAGGUAGAGAUCAGAGUCACCAAGAGCACUGGUAUGUGUAGGGAUUGCCAUAGUUUCAUUAAAAUCGUGUCGUUAUUGACUUCGACAACUGUAAUUAUUCGAGAUAGUAAGAGGCUGCACAAAUUUCACAAGGGGGAGUGUUCUUGUAAAGAUUUUGGGGGUCUUGUUUGAUGACUUUUCCACAUAUUUUUGAUAUAAAGGUGGUUUGUUGUUCAUGCCA